AUGGGCUUAUGUUUGUCUACUGAAGAAAAAGAAUCGCGGCUACGGAGUCGCCAAAUUGACAAACAGAUAAAAAAAGACUUCAAAAGAUCCAGGAAAGAAAUUAAAGUUCUCCUGCUAGGGUCAAAAGAAUCUGACAAAUCGGCAAUAAAGAAACAGAUGAAAAUAAUAAAUGGCUAUACUAAGGAUGAAUUGGAACAAUAUCGAAUUACAGUAUAUAAAAACCUUGUUGACUCCGCACAAGUCAUUGUUUAUGCUAUGAGAAAAUUACAACUGGAGCCUCGAAGGUUAGAGAAUAAAUAUUUCGCCGAAAAAAUUUUGGAUUAUCAUGUCGAAUCCGACUCAUCUUUCCAAUUAAGCCCAGAAAUUGUAGAAGCUAUUGAUUCUUUGUGGCAUGAUCCAAUAAUACCGGAGGUUAUGGAGAAACAAAGUCAUUUCUAUUUAAUGGAUUCAGCACCUUAUUUUUUUGCAGCGGUAAACCGAAUUGGGGCACCGGGAUACAUUCCUCGUGAAGGAGAUGCUCUUCGAGCAAAAACCAUAACCACAGGUGUAUCAGAAACAAGAUUUAACUUAGGAAAUCUAACCAUACAUAUGUUUGAUAUACGUGAUAAUUCAUUUCGAAGAAAGUGGAUCCAUUGUUUUGAAAACGUUACAUCUAUUAUCUUUUGUGUUGCACUCAAUGAAUAUGACCAAGUUUUACUGGAAGAAUCAGGCCAGAAUAGGAUUGUAGAAAGUCUUAUAUUAUUUGAAUCAGUGAUCAAUAGUCUAUGGUUUUUACGAACAUCGAUUAUUUUAAUCCUCAAUAAAAUUGAUUUAUUCCGAGCAAAGUUAUCUCGAGUACCUCUUGAACAAUAUUUCCCCGAUUAUUCUGGCGGAUCAGACAUCAACAAAGCUGCUUAUUAUAUAUUAUGGAAAUUCAAACAAACCAAUCGGAAAGAACUAAAAAUAUUUUCUCAUUUCUCAGAAGAAGCCGACACAUCAAUUGUUUGUUUUUGCCGCAAUUCAGGAAACAAUCUUACAGAAUGCUGUCAAGGAUUGUAG